CUUCUACCAUUCGUUAGUCGUUACACACAAACACAAACACACACCACAUUCCAAUAAUUCUCCCAAAUUCAUUUCCCCAAAUAAUCCAACGAAGCUAUCAGCAAUGGCCUCCGGAUCAAAAGGGUAUGAUUAUGGCAGCGAUGACGACAUUCUCUCCUCUUACGAAGAUUACCCAAUUCCCGAGCCAUCUAACGGGAAUCAUCCUGUCAAUACUAAUAAUCCUGGAAAGGAAUUCCAGAAAAGUAGAAUGGCAAAUUCAUCAGCAUUCCCUGCUUCCUCUUAUAGUCCGCCAGGAGAAUCUUAUAAGCAAGAUUUGGCUGCUCAUGUUGAAAGCACAGUAAGAAAAUAUGUUGACAAUCUAUUGCGCUUUCUCGAGGGGAUUAGCUCCAGAGUAUCACAGCUUGAAUUACACUGUUACAAUCUAGAUAAAUCUAUUGAAGAAAUGCGUUCAGGGUUAGCUCGUGAUAAUGAAGAAGCAAGUUCGAAACUAAAAUUUCUGGAGAAGCAUCUGCAAGAGGUCCAUAGGUCCGUACAGAUCCUAAGAGACAAACAGGAGCUUGCUGAUACUCAAAAAGAACUUGCAAAGAUUCAGCUUACACACAAGGCAUCCAGUUCUUCAGUACAUUCCCAACGAAGUGAGGAGAGAGCUUCACCCCCUGUUUCUGGUGCAAGAAAGAAUGAUGACACGUCAAAUUUGCAUUGCCAACAACUAGCUCUUGCUUUACCCAAUCAAGUCUCUUCACAACCAUCACAUCCCACCAGAUCAGGGGAGCAACGCCAGCAUCCAAUAAUGGCACCUCAAGGUAUUACGCCAUCCCAAGGUUAUUAUCUACAUUCCGUGCAGCUUUCGAGUAUACCAUCUCAGAUGCAACAGACACAUGGUCAAUAUCUACCAACUGAUUCUCAGUAUCGAACUUCACCACAGCCCAUACAAACUCAAGUAAACCAGACACCACAAAACCACUAUCAGCAACAGUGGUCCCAGCAGCUAUCUCAGCAGAGUCAACCCCAACAACAAAUAUCUUUGCAGUCCCAAGUGAGGCCCUCACCCCUUGCUGCUUAUUCUCCCUAUACGCAUGGUCAAGCUGCAAGCUCUUCUACUUCAGAGGCCCUCCCAAAUAGCAUGCCACGGAAAAUGUCAUUUUCAGGAAUUUCUCAAGCCACUUUAAGUCACUCAGAAGCAAUGCCUUAUGGGUAUCUUGGUGUGAGUAGACCAGUUCAGCAGCAGCCUCCACAUCAGCACUUGAAGGCUACUUUUGGAGCACAGCCAGGAGAUAGGUAUGUGACUUCUGGACCCCACCCUACAGUAUUCCCGGGAAAUACUUACGUGAUGUAUGAUGGUGAAAGCUUGCAUCUGCCUCAGACUCAAAUCCAGCCGAGUAAUUACUCUCAAAACCAGCAACCACCCAAUGCCACAAGCCCAACGGCUCGCCCUCCACAAAACAUGCGGAACCAUCCCUACAGUGAACUGAUUGAGAAAUUAGUUAGCAUGGGAUACAGGGGAGAUCAAGUCGUAAGUGUAAUCCAGAGGCUAGAGCAAAAUGGCCAACCUGUUGAUUUUAAUGUCGUGCUUGAACGCAUGAAUGCACUUUCUGCAGGGAGUUCUCAGAGGGCAUGGGCUGGUUAAGCAACAACUGCAGCACGUGAAUCGUGAUGAAACAUUUGUGGUGUAUUUUGUGAAUAAAACUACAAUUGAUUUGUACUUGGUAGUUUGCAUGUAUAUCGAGAGAUGCGUUCUAUUAUUUUGCUAUCUCGUCCAAAUCUAUCAGGUCUACUGAUCAUUAGUUUCCAAGCUUUGAUGUAUUAACACGUUCUUGUUUAACGGUGGAUAUAUUGUUGCUUUGUAUGCAAACCAAGUUGA